UUGUCUGUUCGAUAAACGUCGCUACCACAUUUUCAUGCGCUCUGCGCGUCUCUUCACCUCCCAAAUUUUCUUCUCCUCAGUUUGGUAUCUAACUUCAUCUUCAUCACUGCCAAAAACAAAAAGUCAAAAAUCCCAAGAAAAAUCGCCUUUUUUCUUGUCUAAGAAACCACCACGAAGCUUCUUCAAUCCCUCUCUCUGUCUUUAAGCUCUGAAGAUUAGAACGGGUUUUCACCCUGAAAUUUUUGCUUUGGGUGAAAUCUGAAUACAAAUAUAUUUUUGCUUUCUGGUGGGAAUCUGAGAGUUUGAAUAAUUAAGAAAGAGAGAGAGAAAUAUGGAUAUUUUGAAUGGGUUUUUAUUCAAGGCUCGAUGGAAGUUUCGUGGAAUUUUCAAUGGGCUUAUUGGGUUGGUAUUUAUUAUCUUAAUUCUUCACCAAGGUUCAUUUUCAAGGCAAUCUUUUUCUAUCCGUCCUGCUAUUAAGAUCUCCCAAAGUGGUUUUAACAAGAAUGGUGUUAGGCAAGAGGGUGCCAGGAGGAGAAUUGUGGAGAAUCUUGAUAAUUCAUCAAGUUCUGAUCUUUUCAGUGAUGAGAAAAGUGGGGAUAGUUUGGGUGCUAGUAAGACUCCUGUUUGCACUGGGAUAUAUGAUCAUCAGGGUUAUGAUUCCAAAUGUGAGUACUUGAGGGAUAACCCUGGGUGUGAUUCUGGGGGGUAUUUCAAUUAUAUCAAGUUCUUCUACUGCAAUUGCAACAACUAUAGUGGUUUGGGGUAUUUGGUAUUAGCAGUGUGGUUGGUUGCUUUGUUCUACUUGUUGGGUAACACUGCUGCAGAUUACUUUUGUUGUUGUCUUGAAAAGCUCUCGAAUUUGUUGAGGUUGCCCCCGACUGUGGCGGGGGUAACUCUGCUCCCCUUGGGGAAUGGCGCCCCCGAUGUGUUUGCGAGUAUUGCUGCUUUCGUUGGGAAUGAUUCGGGUGGUAUGGGGUUGAAUAGUGUGCUCGGGGGAGCUGUGUUUGUGACUUGUGUUGUUGUUGGCACUGUGGCUUUGUGUGUUACCGAGCAGGGUGUUCAGAUUGACAAGAAAUGCUUCUUGAGGGAUGUUUGUUUCUUCAUUUUUGUGAUUUUUUCUCUGCUUAUGAUUCUGAUUCGUGGCGAGGUUAGUGUUGGGGUUGCAAUGGGUUUUUUCUCGAUUUAUGUUGUGUAUGCUGUCUGUGUUGCUGCUAACGAGAUUCUAAGGAAGCAUUUCGGGAGAUCAAAAGCGGAUUGCGUGACUCCAUUGCUGCCAGUAACGGGUAGUGAUGGAAAUGGAAGCAAAAGGGGGAAAGAAGGGAAGCUCGAGAAGUUGGAUUCUAAAGAUGUUGCGCCACAGCUCGAGAAGUUGCCACAUUGGCUUUGGACUUCGAAUGUUGCAAUCUACUCGAACGAGGCUGUGAAGGUGGGUCCUGGGGAGAGCCCCGAGUUUUUUUGGGGUUGGAAUGAUGAACAUCCUGGUGGUGAUGAUAAGUGGUCACAGGUUUCGUGUUCUAAGGUGGUCUCGUUGCUCGAAUUGCCAUUGAUGCUCACGAGAAGGUUGACGAUUCCCAUAGUUGAUGAGACGAGAUGGUCCAAGUUUUAUGCUGUGGGGAGUGCUUCCUUGGCACCGUUACUUCUUUCCUUCCUUUGGAACACUCAAGACAAGGGAGGCUCCCUCGGGGCCGAGAUUGUGUACAUCAUUGGUGCUGGCUCGGGUGGCGUCCUGGGAGGCCUUGCGUUCGUCUACACCAAACCCGAUCGCCCACCCGAGAAGUUCUUGUUCCCGUGGAUCUUCGGGGGGUUCUUCAUGAGCAUCAUAUGGUUCUACAUCGUGGCAAAUGAACUAGUCGCCCUCUUAGUGGCAUUCGGGGUCAUAUUUGGCAUCAACCCCUCGCUCCUUGCCUUAACCGUCUUGGCUUGGGGCAACUCGAUGGGAGACCUGAUCUCCAACGUCGCCAUUGCCAUGAACAACCGAGAUGGCGUGCAGAUCGCCAUGUCGGGCUCCUAUGCGGGGCCAAUGUUCAACACGCUCGUUGGGCUCGGCAUCUCCAUGAUGCUGGGAGCAUGGUCAAAACAACCCGACCCCUACACGAUUCCACGGGACAACAACUUGUAUUACACGCUGGGAUUUCUGAUGCUGGCGCUUCUGUUUACCCUCGUUGUGCUGCCGAGAAAUGGGAUGCGCCCGAGCAGGCUGUUAGGCUUGGGACUUAUGACCAUUUACUUGGUGUUUCUUUCUGUCAGGGCUACCAUUGCAGUGGGUGAUGGAUCACUCCUGUUUCGGCCUUGAACUUUUGGAUCCAUCCAUAUAUGAUGAUGAUGAAAAAACUAAAUGUAGUAUCCCCAAGAUGCAUAUAUGAUGAAUUACUGUUUGUUUUUGUGUAACAUAGAGAGUAGUUCUUGUGUACAUUCUGAGCUUUGGGUUCUUGAAAUCAACUUCUAUUGGAACUU